AUGAUGUCGUCCCGAUCGUCGAUCAUUCUGAUGCUUGCCGUGCUCGUCGCCAUCGUCUGCGUCGCCCAGUGCCGAAACAUUCAAUACGGUAGGCGAUCUCUUUUAGUCGGAAAACAGAACAUGACUGUUACCGUCAUCAUUUCAGACGUGGACGAGCUGACUCCGGAGGCGGCGUUCCGCUACGCUCAAUGGGGAGAGAUGCCGCACAAGCGCGUGCCGUCCGCCGGGGACAUGAUGGUAAGGACCGCAUAUCUCGACUGCCAGUAACGAUAUCGAAAAGUUGUCAAUCGAUAAAUUACUCAAAGAGACAUUGCGCACAUUUUAUUAGUUGACACCUUUUUGAUAUCUCUGCCGGCAACUGAGAUAUAACGGAUUGAAGUUUCAGGUCCGAUUUGGGAAGCGGAGCGUCUAG